UUUGGCGGUUGAUUUCAAGGGGUCGUAUAAGGAGUUCGUCCAACAAUCGCCGAAUUCCUUUGUGGAUUCUCCGAAUCGCAGCAGAAGAAAAGGGCUGUAAAUCUUCGACAUAAACCAUUGUGUCCCCUUCUUUGUACAAGCUACGUACAAAGAGAGGGACUUAUAUAUACCUUGUUGAUUCUUUUCAAGCACAUUUGGUUGGAACAGAAAGAGGAUAGGGAUUGGGAAUGAGGUCAGUUGUUGGAGAAGGGCCAGGGGAACCUAACUCUCGAAAUUCAGGUGCACAAGAGGAGAAAAUCUUUGUUGCUGUUAGGUUGAGGCCACUGAAUGCAAAAGAAUUGGCAAAAAAUGAAGUCUCAGAUUGGGAAUGUAUCAACAGCACUACCAUCUUAUUCAGGAACUCCCUCCAAGAUCGAUCGUUGGCUCCAACGCCCUACACCUUUGAUAGAGUAUUUGGGGGCAACUGUUCCACAAGUCAAGUGUAUGAGGAAUCUGCGAAAAAGAUCGCCCUCUCUGUGUUGAGUGGAAUCAAUUCCACUAUUUUUGCAUAUGGGCAGACGAGUAGUGGAAAGACAUACACCAUGAGUGGAAUUACCGAAUGUGCAGUGGCUGAUAUAUAUGACUACAUAAACAAGCAUCCAGAGAGGAAAUACGUUAUGAAAUUUUCUGCCUUGGAGAUUUACAAUGAAACAGUCAAAGAUCUCCUUUGCCCGGAUGGAGCUCCACUUAGACUUCGAGAUGAUUCAGAGAGAGGAACUAUUGUCGAUAAACUUACAGAAGUGAUUCCAGCAGAUGCAGACCAUCUAUUCGAGCUGUUGUCAUAUUGUGAAGCUCAAAGGCAAACAGGAGAGACUCAUCUCAACGAACGUAGCUCCAGAUCUCAUCAAAUUCUUCGCCUGACUAUUGAAAGCAAAGCUCAUCAACACUUCGGUGUGGAAAGUAUAAGCACUCUUUCAGCUACUGUGAAUUUUGUUGAUCUUGCGGGCAGUGAACGUGCUUCUCAGACAUUAUCGCGCGGCACAAGACUAAAAGAAGGUUCCCACAUAAACCGAAGUUUGCUAACGCUUGGAACAGUUGUGCGUAAAUUAAGCAAAGGAAGAAAUGGACACAUUCCAUACAGAGAUUCCAAGCUGACUCGAAUUUUACAAAACGCGUUGGGCGGCAAUGCCAGGACCAUGAUUAUUUGCACCUUGAGCGCGGCUCGCUCCCAGGUUGAGCAAUCAAAAAACACACUUGUGUUCGCUAGCUGCGCCAAGCAAGUUAGCACGAAUUCACGAAUCAAUGUGUCAAUGUCUGAAAAAGCACUAGUGAAGCAGCUGCAAACCAAUCUAACCAAUCUGGAGAAUGAGCUGAGGAACCUACGCUCGAUUUCUGCUGCUUCUGUUUCUGCAUCAGCACUGAAAGAGAAAGAACUCCUUAUUGAGAAGAUGGAAAUAGAGAUGAAAGAAAUUGCUUAUCAACGGGACUUGGCUCUCUCACGUGUUGAGAGUAUGAUACGUUCAGGAUCAUCCUCCCAAACAUCAAAAUCUUCGAGUGAUAUGAAUUACUCUAAGAAAGAUUCAGACGAAUAUUCAGUAUCGGAAGCAUCCGAGAUAUAUGAUCCCCAUAGGUUCGAUAAUUUACCAAGUACAGUUCCCCUUUCCAACCCUGUAGAUGGCCUCAUUCCCCACAAGAGUGAAGAUCUGUUCCCUGAGAACAAUGAGGAGCAAUUUUUUUCCGACAACGCAUCCCUGACGCAAUACAUUGAUAAGUACUUUGGUCCCGAUCCGUGCAGUGAUUGGGAAAAAAUUGCUGAAGAAACUAAAAAGAAAUCUGAAGAUAACUGCACGGACGUCCAAUCCACAGAGAUUGAUUCAACCAAUACAGUUCCAGUUUCAAACAUGCUGCCAAUGCAGGAUGAAGAUCUUGCUUCAGGCUUGGGUUCUUGUUCAUCAGACGACAAUGCAUCCGAUCCAUAUCUCAGCAAAUCAAGAAGCAGUAGCUGUGCAGUUGUUGUUCACAUGACAGUCACUGAAUCCACAAGUUUCGAAGGCCCGAAAGACAACGGAAAUGAAGCUGGCAAUCAAGCAGAACCAUCCAUUGUUGAAGCAGUGGAUGAUACUGAAAGUGAAUUCAGAAAGGAUUCUAUGGAUGAGGAAGAACAAAGCAUCGUCGAUGGUAGGGAUGAGCAAGAAGAAGAAGUAAUCCCACUAGAUCCAGAGAAGCAAAUUGAGUCUGAUAUGCAGGGCAUGGAGGAGGAAAGAACAACCAGUAAACCUGAACCAGUCGAAGCUGCAGAAGUUGGCUUAGUUGAAACUGUGAACAAUAAGGAAUCUGUUGCUGAAUGGUCAGCAGAAUAUGAGAGGAAGAUCAAAGAAAUAAUCCAACUUUGGGAUGCUUGCCAUAUUCCUUUGAUCCACAGAACCUACUUUUUCCUCCUCUUCAAAGGAGAUCCCUCAGAUGCCAUUUACAUCGAAGUAGAGCUUAGGAGACUCGCAUUUCUCAAGAAUUCGAUUAACAGUGCUGUGGAAGAUGAUCCAUCGAGCACAAAGGCUCUCAACCGGGAAAGGGAUAUGCUGAGUAGAAGAAUGCUUAGGAAGAUCUCAAGCAAAGAAAGGGAGGAGCUGUACGCCAAGUGGGGCGUAGACAUAAAGUCGAAGCAGAGGAGGGCUCAGCUGUGCCAGAAGCUGUGGACUGAUACCACAAACAUGGAUCACAUCCAAGAAAGCGCCGCAUUAGUAUCAAAAUUGAUGGGCUUCAAGGAACCAGGGGAAGUCACCAAAGAAAUGUUUGGGUUGAGCUUCACACCAAAGCCCGGAGCCUUUCGCUGGAGGAGCAGCUUGCCUUCCAUGAUGCAAGGCCUUCUGGAAACUGUGUACUGAAUUAUUGCUACUACUGAAAUUCUGGCUAGGCUUGUGACUGAGAAUGCUUCCACACCCAAUCUAUUGAAGAUGACU